AUGUGGAGGUACUGUUGGUGCCAUUCUGACAUGUCCACUGGAAGUUGUGAAAACACGAUUGCAGUCCUCCUCUGUGACUCUCUACAUCUCUGAAGUCCAUCUCAACACUGUGAAUGGUGCUACUGUCAAUCGAGUAACCAGAGUUUCUCCUGGACCUCUCCAUUGCUUGAAGAUGAUCUUGCAGAAGGAAGGUCCUCGCUCUCUCUUUAGAGGGCUUGGUCCUAAUUUAGUAGGCGUGGCUCCUUCCAGAGCGAUAUAUUUUGCUGCUUACUCAAACUGCAAGGAAAAGUUGAACAGUAUUUUCCAUCCAGAUUCUACCCAGGUACACAUGAUUUCAGCUGGUGUGGCAG